UUUUGACAAAAAUAAUUAAAAAUAGAUAUUAAAAAAAAUUAUGUUUGCGCUAAAAUAGUAUAAUUAAAUAAUCAUAGCAUUAAGCAUCAAAAAACAAUGCCAAAUAAAGAACAUCAAAGUUCGGGACCACAGAGCUUACACAAUGCAAAUCAACAAGUUCACGCUGCAGUUGUUGUACCCACAAAUCCAAUGGUAUCAGAAGUACAUGAUCCAGUUAAACCGGUGAAAAAGGCAACAGUUUUAGAGACACAUGGUUAUGCGUUAGGUAAAAAUAUUGGACAAGGAUCAUAUGCUACUGUGAAGGUAGCAUACAGUGAACGCCAUCAUUCAAAUGUGGCUGUGAAAAUAGUAAGUAAAUUUACAGCACCGGCAGAUUAUUUGAAAAAAUUCUUACCAAGAGAAAUUGAAGUUGUUAAAGGAUUAAAACAUCCAAAUUUAAUACGAUUUUUACAAGCUAUUGAAACCACACACAGGGUAUAUAUUGUUAUGGAAUAUGCUGAAAAUGGAAGUUUAUUAGACAUGAUACGGCGAGAUUCCCAUAUUGAUGAAAUUCGAGCACGUAAAUGGUUUCGGCAAUUAGUUGAUUCAAUUGAAUAUUGCCAUGAAAGAGGUGUUGUCCAUAGAGACAUUAAAUGUGAAAAUAUGUUAAUGGAUACAAAUUACAAUAUAAAAUUAUCGGAUUUUGGUUUUGCCCGAGGUCAUUUAAAAACAAAAAAUGGAUCAAUUAUAUUAAGUGAAACGUUUUGUGGUAGUUAUGCGUACGCAUCACCUGAAAUAUUAAAAGGUAUUCCGUAUCAACCACAGAUGUCUGAUGUAUGGUCAAUGGGUGUCGUUCUUUACGCCAUGGUUUAUGGACGAUUACCAUUCGAUGAUACAAAUUAUUCACAAUUGGUAAAGCAAGUAUCAAACAAGGUAACAUUUCCUCGUGAUCCAAAAGUAUCGACAGCAUGCAAAGCUCUUAUAUGUAAAAUUUUGGCACCAUUAAAAGUUCGAGUAAGAAUUUCUGGUAUUAGAGCUGAUGCAUGGUAUAGUGCAAGUGAAAAAUCACAACCUGGUACCAGCCGAGAUUCAUCAAUUGAAGCUUUACCCGCCCCCUCGCCAUCUUUGGGUGCUGAUCAACAUGCACCCGUUCCACUAUUAACAAAAGAACAAUUAAAAGCUCAAGCUAAUGAAAAGAAAGAACAUGUUGCUUCUGAUGAAACUCCAAUCGGGAUUCAAAUGCCCGAUGAUCAAAUUUCACAAGAUACAGAAAAAAAAUAAAUAGAAAUAAUUUAACGGUAUAAAUUCAAUGUCGAAAUGGAAAAAAGCAGUGAUGUGCCAACUCUAAAAAAGUGGAAAAGUACAAAUUAAUAUUGGAGCCCCUAUUGUGAAUCCCCCAAUAUUUUCUAUCGAAUUAAUAUGAAAGCUCUGUACAUAGUUUUAU